AUGCCACGACCCGUCGACUACUCCUCCACGCUCGCGACACUGUGCGCCCAACAAGCCGCGCAACCCCUCUCGAUCCUCGCGCUCGCGGAGCCGAUCACCACCUCCCAACAACAGCGACAGCAGCCCCAAGCUGCCUCCCGUGGCCCACCCCGCCCAUCAGACACGCUCUCCGCCUCGGAAGCCGACUCGUCUCUAGCUCUCACGCCCACGACCCUAGCCGCCGACCUCACGCACUACAAGGACCUGUUCUCCAAGCUCCGCUUCAGCUACCUCGAGCAGGUCACCAAGGAGAAAUACCUGCGCAGCAUCGUGGGCGAUCCGCCCCUGCUAGUCAGCCAUGGCGACAACCUGGCGCUCGAGCAGACGCUGGCGACGAUGAAACACGACCUGAAGGCCAAGAAGGAGGACGUCGACGCGCUGGUUUCCGCGAUGGAGGAACGGGCGCGGGACGUCGCGCAGCGGUACGAUGCCGUAAACGAGGGGAUGGGCGCGCUGGAACGGGUACCGCUUGAGAUCGAGGAUUUGAGGCGCGAGGUAGAGAGAUUGAAUGCCGAAGUUGCGGCCCGGCGGGGUGUGGAGGGGUCUUCCGAUCCGAGGAUGAGGAUGUCGUUGGCGGAGACGGAGGAGGCGCUCGCGGCGCAGAGGGAAAGGAAUGCCGAGGUCGAUCGCAUGAUUGCCGAGUUGCAGGGCGGAAUGCCGGCGAGGGUGCGCGACGUGGAGAGGAUGGAUCGUGAGUUGGCGGAAUUGGAGAGGAGGCGGAAUGAAGCUGCGAGGUUGGCGGUCGAGGGGAGGCGGAGGAGGGAGGAACAAGGUGGCCGGGACGAGAUGGAGGAGCUGGGACGGUGGUAUAGAGCGAGUGAGGGCGUUAUGAGGGGGUUGUUGGGCGUGGAGGGGACGGUAGGGUAG